CAAUAUUCGCUGUUUUGAAGCAAACAUUUAAUAAACAUAUUUAUUACAUUUUAAAGACAUAAGUUAUCUUAAUGUUAAUAUGGAUUUGCUGAAACUGUAACGUUUUGAAAGCGGAUAAUUUAAUAUUGUUAUAUUUAUUAUUUAUUUACUGCCUAACGGUAAACUAAAUGUGUUCGUAUUUCGGAAAAAACAAACAUUUUUUUUUGAAACUAGCGUUUUCGUUAUAGAACUUACCAUCGAUGGGGAAUACACUUGGAUGUUCAAUAUUUUGUGCUCGUCCACGUGUUCAAACCAAUAAAAAGUGUCUAGUGAACAACAAAUUGGAAAAUCGAAAGAAGAAUUUGUUGAAGAAGAGACCUAAGGUACAAAAAACAGUUGAUAGAAGUUUCUCCAAUACUGAAAAUGUGACUAGACAACAAGACACAGAAGAAAAAGAAGACAUCAAAUACCAAGCCUUUCUUCAAAACUGCUUCCAAGUUAUGGACGAUGAAAGAAAUGCACAAGACAACCAUGACUCAGAAAUAAAUAGUGAUAUUUUGCACGACGGCUACAUGAAGGUGUCUGACUUCAAACGGUUUGUUGAAGAGAACUUCCAUGCACUAGAUAAACAGAAAUCCCGUAAGCAACUUCAAGCAUUUUUUUCUGAUUCCGUGGAAUGCAAACUUCCGGACACUGUACAAGGGUUCUUCGUCGAUGAUGAGAGUAAUGUUAUCACAAUGGAGGAGGAAGAGCUUACAAAUGAUGGUAACAAAGGACAACCAAAUAUAAGAAACGUUUCUCUGAAUAAAACAACCGGAAAAGAUAAAAGUACUAACGGCGAAGACGACAAUCAAGAACCGACUAAAGAAAAUAAAAAGAAAAGUGCAUUUGAAAGAGAUAACUCGUAUUCAAGGGAAGAAAGAAAAUUGUCUCAUUCAACACAACAUGGAAAAGAAGACAGACGGCAUGAAAAGAAUAAUUCCGAAUCGGUAUGUUUCUCAAACGGAAAUGAAGAGCACUUAAAAGAAAAUAUAACCAACACACCUGGACUCAUGGCUAUUCCUGACAGUAGUGGGUCAAACUCUGAAAGCAAGUCGGAAUAUUGUGAACACGUUAACAUCAAGCAAUCUGAAAGCAUGUACUCAGAUCACAGCACAAGUAGACAAGAUUUUAAUCAUGAACAUUGGUAUAUGUCAAUAGCCUCGUAUGCAAACAGCGCCAAGAAUUUCACAAUUUCUCGACUUCACAUGAAAGACGAAAAAGUAAAUGCGACAUUUAUGUCGUUGCCCAAUUUAUCUGAAAUCAGGUAUAAUCCUGAAUACCAGAAUCAGCACAUGAAAGAAUCAGUAUUUCCCGAAGCAACAGAAGUUUACAGUUACUCCCUGUCGGAAUUGUCUUCAUCUGAAAGAGAAACAAAUGCUGAUCGUAUGGAGGAACUCAAGAGAAAUAGUUCCACCAUUUCAAGCGAAACAAAUGACUCCUCAGCAGAUUCGGGUAGAAGUUCAAAUGUCACUGACUUCUCAAGAACGAAACGAGUGCGAUCUGGUUACACAAGGUAUCUUUGUAACCCCGAUUGUUCUUUAUGCUAUGCAGCACAGAUCGAGUACAUGGUUGAAGUGUAUGAACCAUUGAUUGUGCGACAAAUUAAAGUGACUGAUAUUCUUGAGUUUCUUCCAUUCAUAGACGAAAGGAAUAAGGAAAUGUUACGCAGCAAACAUCUUCAAUCUUCACAUGAAGCAAUGGAAAUGCUGAUAAAGAUAAUAAUGAAAAGUGAUGCAACCGGAAAAUGGCAGAGUUUUCUUGAUGCCAUUUACGAAACAGGUAAAUACAGCACCUUAGUGUCUUAUUCUAAGUACACGAGAAAAAUCAAAAGACUCUAAAUAUAUUUGAAUAGA